UAUGAAAUCUGCGUCGUUUCACCGUUUCGGCCUCGGCUGUGCAGGUGCGCUUUGACUGCAAUAUCGCCGCGACCGAGAAUUAAGUACUAUCUGAAGAGUGUGGGCUUUGUCGCAAACGUCCAGCGUUGCUCACCCGAUCGCCUUCGACUUCCAUAACAAUUUUUAUCUUAUCUUUACGAAAAAAGGUCACCUGUGUCUGGUUGUUGGGUUUCAAAAUUGUGUCAGCAUUUUUAUACGGCGAGUGCAAUCCUGUGGUGGUCCUGGUUCAGUUUUGUUUCUUUCCAUCCAUUAUGAGUGGGCAGAUGGGAUGGAGUGUGGCUUUUAUCCGGCGUCCGACAAAUAGACCUGGGCAUGUGUUUUCUUGCGUUUGUGUUCCUGUUCAGCUUUGCAUCAUUUUCUUGCAAUGUGCCCCAAAAGAUUUCGUGUGGGAUGGCCUCUGUCGACUCUUCGUUGCGAUUCGCAUUGUGUCCUGUUUCAUUACUGGUCGACCCCCGAGCAGCCGUGUUCGGGUUUGUUCUGCAUAGACCUCUCAACCGUUCUGAUUCGAUUCGCAUGUCGUUCCCCCGACCAACCGUGUAAGUACAUUCGAGGUGUUCUGCUCGGACAUAUGAACUUGAGCUGGACUGAGGUGUUUUUGUUCAUCUAUGUUGAGUUUCUUUUUUUUUUUCUGUCUUUUUACUGUGUUCUGGUGUUGUCAUUUUGUGUCUGCUAUCGUCCAUCUCUGCUCGAAUUGUGUGAAAAGGUAGCCAUCUGUUUCUUCAUACGUGUCGCGGCUGGGUUGCCCGGCGGGACAUUGGCAAAGGCUCCUACGCCUCCUACAGUGUUGGAGAGCCUGGUCGGUGAGCGUUUGUCGAUGUGCGUUGGGGCAUGCCCCUGGUCAGCCCCCCAUGAUGUGUUAUACGUGGGUUGUCUUGCUUGUGUCUAUUUGGUUGCAUUGUGUCUCGUUUCCUUUUCUCUGGCGGGGGUUUAGGGCAGGUCCUGGGUUGGGAGCGAGGCCACUCGUCUCUGUCGGCCAGGCUGGAUGGAGAAAACAUUUGGGUGGAAUUACAGAAAAAGCGCCAAGGGAAUCCAAAAUUAGAAUAUAGACUC